GUCUCUGAGUCAUCGCCCCUCAGACUCUCAACGUGGUCGGAGACAUAACAACCGUUUUAGCUGCUUACUGGAUAUAUAUAUAUAUUAGGAACCACGACUUUCUCUCUAACUGCCUGCCAGGAUUGAGAUGUUACAUUUGAGGUUCUCCACAGUGCUGAAGGAGUUGUUUGAAGCCACCCUCAAGCGUACCUUGUCGUCCGGCUGUAGACAGAAGACCUGGUUACCGACCCGCCACCGCUGCUGCUUCGGCGCCGCCUCCCUUGACGCUAGAGCGGCGGGCUCUACUCAACUCAAGGUCCGGAUCCAUGCCGCACCGCACCGCCGCACCGCGCCCUCUGCCGCGCCGUUCCGCUCGUACUGCACGAAGACUGAAGGCGCAGUGGAGCUGGACGAACAACUGAAGAAGGAUGGCGGCAGCAGCGGCGAAGCAGCCGUUGACAAGAGAAGAAAUGCUGGCAUUCUCCCCAGUUUGGAGGACUUGCUCUUCUACACGGUCGCAGAAGGUCAAGAGACGAUUCCUGCUCAUAAAUUUCUCACAGCACUUAAAGCCACUGGGCUUCGCACAGGAGAUCCCAGACUGAAGGAAUGCAUGGACACCCUCAAAGAAACUCUACGGAACACAUCAGAUGGUGUUACGCUGGACAGGCACCUAUUCAAGAAGUGUGUCCAGAGCAACAUUGUCCUGCUCACUCAGGCCUUCCGCAAGAAGUUCGUCAUCCCAGACUUCCAGUCCUUCACCUCCCAUAUUGAUGAGCUAUAUGAGAGUGCCAAAACCCUCACUGGAGGACAGGUUGCAGACUAUAUUCCUCAGCUGGCCAAAUUCAGCCCUGACCUGUGGGCCGUCUCCCUUUGCACAGUUGACGGACAGAGACACACAGUCGGAGACACCAAGGUCCCCUUCUGUCUGCAGUCCUGCGUGAAGCCUCUGAAGUACGCCGUGGCUGUCCACGACCACAGCACAGAGUAUGUGCACAGUUUCAUUGGGAAGGAGCCCAGUGGCCUGCGCUUUAACAAGCUCUUCCUGGAUGAAGAUGAUAAGCCCCACAACCCCAUGGUGAAUGCUGGCGCUAUUGUUUGUACAUCACUGAUAAAGCAAGGUGCAAGCAACGCAGAAAGAUUUGACUAUGUCAUGAACUUUCUGAAAAAUAUGGCAGGAAACGAGUAUGUGGGUUUCAGCAAUGCCACAUUCCAGUCAGAGCGUGAGUCAGGAGACAGGAAUUUUGCCAUUGGCUACUACCUGAAAGAAAAAAAGUGUUUCCCAGAGGGGACAGACAUGACAUCUGUACUGGACUUCUACUUUCAACUGUGUUCCAUUGAAGUGACCUGCGAGAGCGCCAGUGUCAUGGCAGCCACCCUGGCUAACGGCGGCAUCUGCCCAAUCACGGGUGAGCGCGUGCUGAACCCCGAGGCGGUGAGGAACACCUUGAGUCUGAUGCACUCCUGCGGCAUGUACGACUUCUCAGGACAGUUUGCUUUCCAUGUCGGUCUGCCAGCCAAGUCUGGAGUUGCGGGGGGGAUCCUGCUGGUUGUACCCAACGUGAUGGGUAUUAUGUGUUGGUCACCUCCACUAGACAAGCUGGGCAACUCAGUCAGAGGAAUACAGUUCUGCACGGACCUCGUGGAGCUUUUCAACUUCCACAACUACGACAACCUGAGGCACUUUGCCAAGAAGCACGACCCUCGCAGAGAAGGAGGGGACCAGCGGGUCAAGUCUGUCAUCAACCUGCUGUUUGCUGCCUACACAGGAGACGUCUCUGCACUGAGGAGGUUUGCGCUGUCAUCCAUGGACAUGGAGCAGAGGGACUACGACUCUAGAACGGCCCUCCAUGUGGCAGCAGCUGAAGGACACACAGAGGUGGUGAGCUUCCUCCUAGAGGCUUGCAAGGUGAACCCAGUACCCAGAGACAGAUGGGGGAACACGCCGAUGGAAGAAGCGGUGCACUUUGGCCACCACGAUGUGGUCACCAUCCUGCAGAGCUACCAUGACAAAUACAUCCCACCUGCUGGUGCUGACAACAAGGAGAGCGCUGAGACGAGCCUGGACAGCCUGCUGUAGACCCCCUGCACACUUCUACAAUACUUAAGGUUCCUACGCAACAGUGGACCAUUGUGCUUUUCUGGAAUAACAUUGUACAUUAGUGACCACACUUUUGAAAUGUGUGUGAUGAAUUAGUUAUUGUUGCUUUGUCCAGUCUGGUGUGCUUUGCUUUCUGGCUGUACAUCGUUGCUCUUCGUCAUAUCUCUCCCUCCCCUCUGUCAUAAUGUAGUGUGUGUUGUAUGUGUGAGUGAGCACCUUAUCAAUACUGUUUAAACAAAUGAUACAAUAUCUGGAUAUCUGUAAUGCAAUCACGUUUACAGUAUAUUAAUCAUGUAAUGUAAAUGUAAACUGUAAAUCACCUUUGUGCUAUCCCAGAAUAUAUAAAUUGUAUCAAAGUGUAUUAGUUUAGUUACAGUAUAGUUCAUGUUAUACUAUUCUCUACCUGGAAAUAUUUGGGGUAGUGCUCCGACUGUAUUAGUUUUGUGUGCGAUAGUGAGGUGUGUGGAAAUUCUGAUAUAGAUUUUAUAAUGCGUCUCUGAUUGUGUAAAUGUACAGAGGCUCACAGGCGUUAUGCUGACAUAUUGCAGUUAUGUGUCUGUUUGAUCUCCAUAUAGCUGCAUCUAUAUUCUCAGAUUGUUCUCCUGACUGUUGCGAGGUCAGCGGCAGGUUUUAAUGAAGCUUCAUCUCCUUUGAAGUCAUUGAAAGAUUGUACUCCGAAUGUAUUUUUCAGUGGCAACACUUGCAAUAGAAGCGCUAUGUAUUUAUUUCAUUCAUUCGUUUCAGAGAUUUUUUUUAAAGAGUAAAAUUCAUCUAAAGAUGUAAUAUUGUGUAAGCAUCACAACAUUGUGUUGCAUCUGGGAUAAAGGAAAGUUGGUUUCUUUAUUUUUGUUUUUAUAGUUAAAUUUGUCUGUGUGCGCGUUAGUAGUUUUUAAAGGUAUAAUAUGCAAGAUUUUCCUAAAAAAACAAUGUAUGGACUGGUACAAAAAUAAUCCCUCUCAAUCAUCACUUAUGCCUCACUAGAAGUGUUGUGUUGGUGUCUGUUUCUGCAGAGACCCUGCAGCCCUUUGCUUUGAUUUCCUCUUUUCUUCUUAUUUUGCUGUGUUCUGAAUAUUUCUGGGCUUCAGCAAAGAGCGUUUGGGCCCCAUGUGUGGGUGUAACCCCCAGCCAAUAACAGCACGCAAGGCGUGCAGCCUGUUCAGGUCAUACUGCCGCUUUGUCACGCCCCUUGGCGUCUGAUACCGAGGCACAAGUCCCCCUUUAGCUCCAUCAGAUACAAAGCGGCCGUAUUUGAGGGAUGAGAACGGAUUGUGUGUUCUUAUGUGCAUGAGCUCCAGACAGUGUUCUCCCUGCUCCUCUGUCUCUCGGUGUAUCAGUUUGAGUUUGACCGAGGGCAGCGCUGAGCCCCACACACAACAGACGGAUAAAGCCUGCCCUUCGGCUCCAUUUAUUAAAAAUCCGGCAACGAGCACCUUCCUACAGAGUUGUGCACAUUUGUGGUCGUGUUUAUUUGUGUUUUUAGAAUGUAACCGCUGAGAAACAAUCAGAAAAUAACAUUUUAUUUCUCUGAUUCACUACUUUGUUCUCACUAACGCCGCUCCCUCUCUUCAUUCACUCUAUAGCUCUCUCGACCAUCGCUGCUGCAGUAACAUAUUAUACCUUUAAACUUGACAAAUAAUGUUGAUAAGUAAGCGGGUCAUUUGCGUUUCCCAUACAUCCUCCAUCCUUCCUGUCAACAAUGUCAGCAACCAAAUUCCUUCCCAGAUUAUAAUGAUUCCGUGACUCCAUAUGAUGAAUACAUAUUUUUGCAAAUUGGAUGGAUCGUCACAUUGUUGGGUUUUCCUGCACAGAACAAUCUCAGCAGCACAAGGACAAUUUAUAAAACUUUUGACAAUUACCAAUCUGAAUGGACUUCUUGCAGUAAUUGUUAUUGAAGUAUUCUGAUGUUACCUAUGCACUAGAAAGGUAUUUCCAAAUGCUCUUUCACACAGAUCGAAUCCAAAUCAAAGACUACUGUACUGUAAGAAUGUACUGAAUUUCCCCUCAAUGACGUUGACAUGAACAAUGCAUAUUGUACAAUAACUGUGACCUGAACUAAAAAAAAUGUGUCAACACACAGGAUUCAAGUUAUGCAGUCACAUUCCAAGUGGUAGUUUUUCAUGGUCGCACUGUAGCGCUGUAUUUCCUGAACACUGGAAUUUAUAUAUAUAUAUAUAUUUCACAUGCAGUGUAUUUUCUCAUUCAAAAUUAGCUUGACCACUUAAAUUUCACAAUAGUGAUUCCUAUUGUUUGAUCUGGAAAAUUUGCGAACAAAGCAGGAGACACAAAGUCCAGAAAAUAUUAAGCACACGGAACCCAAGAGGUCACAAGUGUCCAGACUACCUGAUGAGUCAAAAGUAAAUGUAUGUAAAUUGGUUAAAUAAUUGAACAACAAAGUCAUAUAUAUAAACUCCAAUGAGUUGGUUUUUAAAAACAAAUGCUAGUUUCUCAUCUGCAUUGCAGCCAUUCUGCCAACAGUUUGUAGACAUGUCUGUAAUUCGUGUCCCAAAAUGGGAGAUAUUGACGGUGUCAGAAAUUCU